AUGGACGUUCAAAAGCAGCAGCUGUGUCCGCGGCUGGUGGAUUAUUUAACUAUAGUGGGCGCAAGGCCUUACACAUCUGGCAAGGGGCUGGCCCCCGUGCAGGCCCCGGAGCUGCUCAGGCGGUACCCCCUGACCAACCAUGACGACUUCCCAUUACCCUUGGACAUGGUGUAUUUCUGCCAGCCCGAGGGCUGCGUGUCGGUUGGAGCGCGGCGCCAGAUAGCGCAUGUCGCCACCAGAGAUACUACGUCUUUCGUCUUCACGCUCACCGAUAAAGACUCAGGGAAGACCCGGUACGGUGUUUGCGUGAACUUCUACCGAACUGUGGAGCGGGCACCGGCCCCAGGGCCACGUGAGCGCAUCGUGCUACGCCGCGAGUCAUGGCGCAAGUCUAUGGAGAAGAGCUCCGAUUCCGCCUUCUCCAGUGACUAUAGGAGCAGCAAUGUUGCCCCGAGUGACUCGGAACGUGACUGCAGCGCGACACUAGCGCCGCGUCUCCCGGCCGCGCCUGACUCCGAAAGCGGGGGUUCCCAUUCGCCCAGUCCCCGUGCCAGUAGAAAGCGACAGCGAAUACGGAAUCACUCACUCACAUCCUUAUGCCUUUUAUCACAUCAUCCUUUCUUCUCCACGUUCCGAGAGUGCCUAUUUAUCCUUAAAAAGCUGAUAGAUGCCUGCAAUGAGUCUUCCAGUCCGCGACGUGUUGGCGCGUCUAGGCAAAUAUAUAGGGAUACAGUGUGGUCGGUCCUGACGGGCCAGGCGUACGACAACACGCCGACGAUAGUUCUGCACGACGUCAAGGAGAUAGAGACCUGGAUCCUGCGUCUGCUCUCCGCGCCGGUGCCGGUGCCGGGCAAGACCAGGCUGGAGCUGGAGGUGCUCUCGCCGACCGCCCACGCGCCGCUGCUCUUCGCCCUGCCGGACCACACGCGGUUCACGCUGGUGGACUUCCCGCUGCACCUUCCAUUGGAACUACUUGGUGUGGACACGUGCCUGAAAGUGCUCACGUUGAUUCUAAUGGAGAAUAAGGUGGUAGUGCAGUCUCGCGACUACAACGCCCUAUCGAUGUCGGUGAUGGCGCUGGUCGCCAUGCUGUAUCCCCUCGAGUACAUGUUUCCCGCCAUUCCACUGCUUCCGAGCUGCAUGAGCUGCGCGGAACAGCUGCUCUUAGCGCCGACGCCAUUUUUAAUCGGGAUCCCGGCUACUUUCUUUACUUACAAGAAGAAUUUCCGCUUACCCGACGACAUUUGGCUAGUAGAUUUGGACGCAACAAAACUGAUAUGCCCCACUGGUACCGACCAAGACCUCCCGGCGCUGCCCGAACCAGAGAGUUCAGUUCUAAAGAGCCAUUUGAAACAGGCUCUAAACAGUCUAACAAAUAGCUCAAUGGAACAAGCAACGGCACCUUUAAUGCCUUCUAGACGGGACAGCGUUGGUGGAGCUACUCUGAAGGUGCAGCAGCCGAUGUACCGGGACAGUGGGUCCCACAGCGCGCCGCAGAGCGCUACGCACAGCACUCCGGAGAGUAGGCGAGUUUCUGUAGGAAGCGCCGGCCACACACCGCAGCGCCACUCGCUGGCCUCGCCGCACUCGCCGCAGCAACCCUUCAACCCGCUCAUAUACGGCAACGACGUAGACUCGGUCGACAUUGCUACGCGCGUAGCAAUGGUUCGGUUUUUCAACUCCCAAAAUGUAUUAGCCAACUUUAUGGAGCACACAAGAACCUUACGACUGUACCCUCGGCCAGUAGUGGCAUUCCAAAUAAAUAGCUUCCUGAGGUCAAGGCCAAGAACUAGCUCCUUUCUAAACAAAUUCGCAAGGACCCAAGCGGUGGAGUUCUUGGCGGAGUGGUCUCUGACGCCGUGCAACGUGGCCUUCCUUCGCGUGCAGACGGGCGUGUUCGACCCUCGGCAGAUCGGCGACAAGCCCAAGUGGUUCGCGGACCAGCUGCAGCCGAUCCGCUUCGCCGUCUGGGACGAUGGGAGCUCGCUUAACGGUGCCCUUAGGCAACUUCAGCGCCACGAGAACCAGCCCACUGAUGAAAGUGGAUCUGAUUCCGAAGCCGCGGAAAGCACGAGUUCCUCCUAUUCAUCUCUUAGUGACUUCGUGUCAGAAAUGGCUUCGUCCGAUUUAUCGCCAGGUGGAAAUCCACAUCAACAGCAUGUAAUAGGAGAGACGUAUAAUGCUGUAGUACAAGUACCGAUGACAUUGUCUUCUUCUUUAGAUCCCAAAACGGUUUAUAGCCCGCCAUCCUCGCUCAUGUUUGGAGACGAGGAAGAGGAGAAAGGCGAAGGUCGGGCCUCCACGUCUCCCUCACCAUCAGCGUCCAGCUCCGACCACAGCGAAAUAUCGGACGACGAAGUUCAAGUUGACGCGAAGCAGGAAACGAUUGAUUCACGUCCACCGCCUGUAAAGAAAAGCGACACGGACAGCGGUAGUUUCGGCCGCGAGUCGGAUUCUAACUCGACUACGACUCCGAAGACGGUGGUCAGCCGCCAGCGCGCAGCGGACAGUGGUAGCGCCAGCGACUCUGAGCGCGCCUCCCACUACUCGACGCACCCCAAAAGCGCAGGCAGUGGCGUUUCCCGUCAAGCAUCGCAAACAUCGCUUUUAGAACAAUUCGCGGCGCAAGCAAAAGAGUUGGUUCGGGAAACUACACGACAAAGCAGCCAGGAAGGAUUGUUAGCUCAUAUGGACAAGAAAGGAAAAGCGGCACAAGGGGAAGAUAUGAAAAUAUUUGCACCUUUUCAACAGCUGACACAUCACGCAAAAAAAGCAGCCGAGGAAGCUUCCAAAAGUGUGCAGGAGGCAUCUAAGUCAGCACUAGAAGCCAGUAAAACUGCCACGGCAGUUAGCAAAAACACUUUAGAAGAUCUAUCGUACGUUAGCAAGUCCACGUUCGGUGAUCUUACAAAAAGUGCAAAAGAGGCCGCGGCGAAAAAGGGAUUACUGAUAAAGACGGAAAGUCAAGAGUCGGCGAGCGCGGCUAACGCAAGGCGCGACUCAACCGCGCUGCAGACCACGAACCUCCUGACGACAACUCACCGCGACUUCUUCUCCAACAUCAGUUCCGAUCUCAACGGGCUCGCUGCUUCCACUUCGAGCAUGUUCAGCGACUUCUUCGGAUCGAAAGGCAAGCAAGGGAAGCCGGAGGCGGGUCGCAGUCCGAGCGCAAGCGGGACAGCCAGCGCUGGCUCAACAGCCCCGCUGGCUACGUUCGGCCCGUUCUCGCAGGGCGCGCGCGGGCUCGUGCAGCGCUCGCCCCUCAUCAGGCACGCGACGCCGACGCCGCACUCGCCCCCUCACGCCACACGCACAUCGGCCAACACCGAGAACCAGGCGUUUCUCAACGACCUGGUACAACACGUCCUGGAAGGCGAAGGUGUCGGUUGGUUAAAAUUAAACCGACUGAAAAAGCUAAUGGAAGACGAGUCCUACAGGAAUAUGGUUCUCAGCAAGUUGAAUAGAAAUUUCAACAGAAAAACUACACCUAAUGACAAAGUUGAUGAUGUGUUUGUCAGCAAACCUGUUUGGAAAGGUAUGCUGAAAGUGCUGCAAGCCGUCGUCCACGGCCUGGAGCAUACGUACUCCAACUUUGGACUGGGCGGCAUGGCGUCCGUGUUCCAACUAGCGGAAAUGGCGCACACACACUAUUGGAGUAAGGAGGUGGCGGGGCUGGAGCACGGCGGCAUGGGGGGCUCGACUCUCACAGAUCACUACAGACAGGACGAAACGCCGUCCUCGACGCCCUCGUCUAGGAAAAGUUCGCAAUCAGAUGUACCGGUACUUAAUUAUCCUGAAAUGGAUACAACGGAAACACAAAGUACUACGGAGAUGUUCAAAGACAUGUUGAAUCAGAAAAGAAAUCUUCUCUUCAGCAAACUCACGUCAUUCGACUCGGAUGCGGCGCACUCGUCGGACUGCUCCGCCGACGAGAGCGGCUCUAUCACGACGAACCGAGCCAAUCUCUUCGAACACCGCGCCUCCUUUAAAUCCAACCUCUCUGACACUGACGUCAUGUUCGUCAAUCAGGCGACAAGGGGUGGCCUGACAACCGCUAAGCCCAGAGCUGCAAGCGUCUUCUCUUCUAAGUCCUCACUUAGUGCCUAUCGCCCUCCUGUAGGAGUGCCAACCACUUCGCCACUUACAUCGCCCGACACCGCAAGAACUUAUCUUUACCAGGGUUUAAUAGGUAAAGAAAGAUCCAAUCUGUGGGACCAAAUGCAAUUCUGGGAAGACGCCUUCUUAGACGCCGUAAGUCAAGAGAGGGACAUGAUAGGUAUGGAUCAAGGCGCCAACGAAAUGAUGGAGCGUUACAAGUGCCUGAGCGAGACGGAAAGGAAACGGUUAGAGCAUGAAGAAGAUAGACUUCUCUCGACAGCCCUAUACAACUUAACCGCAGCUAUGGUGCUUUUCGGGGUGGAAGCCGAUAUAGUGCGUAAUAAAGUACGCCGAUUACUAGCUAAAAGUCACAUCGGUCUGGUAUACAGCCAAGAGGUCAAUCAUCUGCUUGACGUCGUUCAUAAUUUGCACGGGAAUGACAUCGAGCUGAAGCCUCUCGGGUCGCGGCUGCUGCGGCGGGUUUCCUUCACGGUGCACGAAGGGGACGCGAGCGGUGAACUGCGAUUCAUGGAAGUGCGAGACGACGGACUCGUUCUGCGCUCCACGCAAGGUACUAUAGUGGAGCGAUGGUGGUUCGAGCGUCUUGUCAACAUGACGUACAGCCCGAAAAUACGAGUCCUGUGCCUUUGGAGAAAGAACGGUGGUCAGACGCAGCUGCAUAAAUAUUAUACGAAAAAGUGCAAAGCUUUGUACUACUGCAUCAAAGAAUCUAUGGAGAAAAGUGGGCGGCGGCAGGAUGCGGCCGAGUUGGGUGGCGAAUUUCCGGUACAAGAUUGUGCUACAGGCGAAGGCGGGCUUAUUCAGGUGUGCAUGGAGGGCGUCGGUCUUCUAUUCCAACACAGCAAGGAUUUCGAGUUCUUUGUUCGGCUCGAUCAUAUUCGGAAGUGCUUCACCCAGAACGGUGGUAUCUUCGUUUUAGAAGAAUUUAAUCCAAAAACAAGGCAGAUAAUUCAGAGAAAAUAUAAAUCGAUAAUGACGGAGCCGACACGAAUUAUGCACGUUUGUCUCAUAACGCACUCUGAUGCCGACCAAAUUUGCUAUGCGGUUUUGUGCGUGUUCUCGUACUUUGCGGCCGGGCAAGAGCAAAGGAAAGCUAUCCUGGAACAAGCUGCCAGACUGCCGCCCCCAUCGCCCGAACCCACCCGUAAAGAAGCAACGUCCACUGCGACCAAGGCCGAAGCUGCUCCACAAACUGUGACGCGGAAGAGUUCUACCUCCGACUCGAGCUCGGAGAUUAGGCAUACCACGCGAUCAAGUCUACAAAUGGAGAAAUCUGAGAGUCGGUUAGAAUCAAAAAUAGUUUACACAAAGAGCGGCAGUGGUAGCGACAGCAACAUGAGAGCGUCUCCGGAAAGGCAGCGGACAUUACCAGAAAGGCAGUUGCGUGGUGCCUCUAACAGACAUUACACGGAAUCGCCUCGGAGUAGUCCCGACAGGCAACAAGAGGAUGUGGCGCGGUCAAGUCCCCCCGCAGCGAGGGUUGAGUACGGCAGCCCCGAGAGGACAAACGUGGACCGGAGGAGCAGCAUGGAUAGAGUGGACAGGCAACGCGAAGGCGUUCAAGAAAAGCCUUUGGCGCAUAGAACCGAGAGCCUGCCCCCACGCCGCCCGCCGCCGCCGGCACCUAUACAGGAGAGACUUGCGCGAGCACAGUCUCAAACGGCUGCAUACCGGUCACACGAUCCCCCCCAAGUGCCGCGGCGUGUAAGUGGUGCUACGCGGCCCGCAGGCCCUCCCCCCGCACUCCCGCCUCGUCAGCUCUCUGCCGCCGCAGACCUCAACACAGUUCCUAAAUCCACUAGCCCUGUUCGUAGACCGCCACCGGCACAACGCCAGUCGUCAGUGAACGCUCCUUUCGCGCCAACAAAUCCGUUCAGCGCGCCCAGGCACGCGGAGUUCGUCAUACCGCAGCGGAACAACGCACGACGCCCCUCCACAGAGCAAAAU